AUGCUAGUAAGUGAACGGUAUUGGCAUCCAUUAAACAAAUCGUUAGCACUCGGUGAACGACAAGAUGAUUUCAAAACUUUCUUGCAGCUUAACAACGACGUAGCACGUCCGGGCCGUGUAGCGGGAGUGAUUAGGCGCGCACAACCUGUAAUCACGCCUUUGCUGCCCGUACGUCUGCGCCGACGCAUCCACCCCUUCCCGCUUGUACCUCGGAGCGAAAAAACAAGUAAAAAUAUACACAACCUUCGCUCUGCGUACACUGUUAACGACCCGAUCUGUUCUCAACGCUGUAUGGGAAGAUUUAGCGAAUUUGAAAUUCGAUUGCCAGCAAUGCUCCAUUCAUCACCCAAAUUGAUGGAUUUGGGACCAAAAGAAAGACUUAGCGAGAUGAAAGCGGACCAUUUUGAAGCGAUAUUAAUAAGCGAUGCUAUUAUGGUUGUUGUUUCGCGGUUAAAAACC